AUGGUGAGAGCUCCGUGCUGCGAGAAGAUGGGGCUGAAGAAGGGGCCGUGGACGGUCGAGGAGGACCAGGUUCUCGUCUCCUACAUUCACAGGCACGGCCACGGGAAUUGGCGGGCUCUCCCUAAACAAGCCGGUAAUCACCACCUUCUCUCUCUCUCUCCCUCUCUCUAUCUCUAUCUAUCUUUCAGGGGGGUGGCAGCAACCAUCCAUCAGGGCUGUGGAGAUCGGCGGCGAGAUCUCUGAAAUUGGAUUGUUCUUGGGAUGUCUCAGGUCUGCUGAGGUGCGGGAAGAGCUGCAGGCUCCGGUGGACCAACUAUCUGCGCCCGGAUAUCAAGAGAGGGAACUUCAGCAAGGAGGAAGAAGAUGUCAUCGUCCGCUUACACGAGCUCCUGGGCAACAGGUACUCCCACCGUCCGCUAAUUCACAGGGAGAGAGAGAGCUUCCGUUAGCUGGACGCUAUGAGCAUCGAUGGAGCAGACGAUGCCAAAUUUGGAUGUUUCUCAACUUAUGUAAUAGAGUUGAUCCACCCAUCAUUCAGAUAGAUGGGGGUAAAUUAACGUUCGGACGCAGCCGGGAAGCGCCUUGAGCGUCGCUCCUUCUCCUCUGUGUACCAGGUGGUCUGCCAUUGCAGCGAGGCUCCCGGGAAGGACGGACAACGAGAUCAAGAACGUUUGGCACACCCACUUGAAGAAGCGGAGGAAGGCCAUUCCCGAACCGGGUUCCCAGAAGCCGACGAGAGAGGAGGCCCACUCUGAGUCCUGCGGCGGCGGCGGCGGCGCCUCCUCUGCCGCGGAGGAGGAGACGAAGCACGCGAUUCUCCGAGAUCUGAGGCCCGCCCCGCCGUCUCCGUGGCGGUCCUGCAGCGAGCUCUCGUCGGCGGCCACGGACUCGUCCAACGCCGCCUCAGUCAAGGAUGAGGAGCACGACGGCUCGUUGGAGUUCCCGGGCAUGGCGGAGUUCCUCUGGUGGGCGGCACCCAUGUCCUCGGAGAUUCCAGGGACGUGUGCGGAUAACUUCUCGGAGUCCGGCGGCUCUUCCCUCCCCUCCUCCUCCGGCCAACGGGGAGAAGACCUGCAGGCCAGCGCGUCUUCCGGCGAGGACGAUAUGGAUUUCUGGCUCCGGUUGCUCAUGGAAGCGGGAGACUUCCCCGAGCUGCCGAGCUUAUGA